AUGCUGGCGGUGUUCUACCACCUGCCCUCCCUGGAGACCCUCGGGAUCGACGUGCGCGCUGACGUGUCGCUGGCCCUCAGCGUGGCCUGCUAUUCGGUCGCGGUGCUGGGUGUGCUCACCGGCCUGCAGCUGGCGGCGGUGCGCCUCGGCGUCGCCCCGCGCGUGCCCGGCGGCGCCGUGGCGCGGGAGAUGUGGACCGCGGUGAUCUUCAACUCGUGCAGCCUGGCGGUCAGCUGCACCACUUAUUACAGCCUCUGCGGCAACGGCAGCGACGACGCGCUGCUGUCGCGCGGCGCGACGGGCGGCGCGAUGGGGCCCGCGCGGCAGGCGGUGUGCGCAAAGUGGCUGGCCCCGAUCCUCACGGCGCAGUACCCCAAGUUUUCGGCCUGGAUGCUUGUAGGCGAGGGGCCCGAGGCGCCUGAGGCGUCGCGGCCGCAGUACAUCACCAUCGACUUCCCACUGGACGGGCUGGGCGCCAUGGCCAUCCCAUCGGCCCGGUAUUCACGAUGUGGGUGA